AAUUCAAUUCGGCACAACCUGUCUCUCAACAAGUGUUUCCGGAAGGUGCCCAGACCUCGAGAUGACCCUGGGAAGGGCUCCUAUUGGACAAUUGACACCUGCCCUGACAUUUCCCGAAAGAGAAGGCAUCCUCCAGAUGAUGAUCUCUCCCAAGACUCACCUGAGCAGGAGGCAAACAAAAGCCCACGGGGAGGCAUGCCUGGGAGUGGCGAAGCCUCAUUGCCUCCGGAGGGCAAUCCCCAGAUGUCCCUUCAGAGUCCUGCAUCCCUCGCCAGCUACAGCCAGGGCACAGGAUCUGUGGAUGGUGGAGCAGUGGCAGCCGGGGCUCCUGGCCGGGAGAGUGCCGAAGGCCCUCCUCCCCUCUACAACACCAACAACGACUUCAAAUUCUCCUACUCCGAGAUCAAUUUUCAGGACUUAAGCUGGUCCUUCCGCAACCUCUACAAAUCCAUGCUGGAAAAGUCGUCUUCCUCCUCACAGCACGGCUUUUCGACUCUGCUGGGGGACAUGACGCCUUCCAACAACUACUACAUGUACCAGCCGCCGCCGCCCCAGCAGCAGCAGCAGCCACCGCCCCAGCCGUCGCCCCAGCAGUCACAGCUGCAGCCGCCGCCGCCAGCCCAGGGCCCUGCGAGUGUGGGGGGUGCUCCCCCACUGCACACCCCAAGCCCAGAUGGUUGUACCCCACCAGGGGGGAAGCAAGCUGUGGCUGAAGGCUAUGGGCCUCCCUCCGUAAUGGGCAUGCACCCACCCCCACUGCAACAUGGAGGCUACCACCCUCAUCAGCACCACCCCCACUCCCACCCUGCCCAGCAGCCACCCCCACCGCAGCAACAGGCUCAAGGCCAGGCUCCCAUCAACAGUGCUGGCUUUGCAUUUCCUUCCGACUGGUGCUCCAAUAUCGACUCCUUAAAAGAAAGCUUCAAGAUGGUGAAUCGGCUCAAUUGGUCCAGCAUCGAGCAGUCACAGUUCUCAGAACUGAUGGAGAGCCUGCGACAGGCGGAGCAGAAGAACUGGAGCCUGGACCAGCAUCAUAUUGCCAAUCUCUGCGACUCCCUCAACCACUUCCUUACCCAGACUGGUCACGUACCCCCCCAAGGUGGCUCCCACCGGCUCCCAGCCUCUGCCCGAAUUGCUGACUCCUGUGCCCUCACCAGUGGCAAACAGGAAUCAACCAUGAACCAAGUGAACUCCUAUGGGCACCUCUACCCUGGCCCAUCCCCAAUGUACCCGAUCCCCACCCAGGAGCCAGCAGCGUACAAUCGCCCAGCACACCACAUGGUCCCUCGGCCACCAGGCCCACCUCCCAGCGCCAGUGAGGAGAUCCCGGAUGACUUCGACUGGGACUUGAUCACUUAGUGCUUCACAGCGUGUGGACAUCGGCCCGGGCCGGAUCAGGGUGGUGAAGCCUGGCGGGGAAGCAGCAGCCCCAGCCCAUCCCUUCCCCUGGCCUGUAUCGAGAUAUGUAUUCUCUCUCUCGGUUGCUCGCUCGCUCUUUUUCUUUCUCUGUCAGAGAAGCCACCUGCAAGAUGCUGCCGAAGAAACCCCUCUUUUCUGCCUCGUUCUUCUCUCUUCCUUCCUGUUCUUUCCGAAUUCUUCCAUUAUUAUUCUUAUUAUAUUAUUGUUGUUAUUAUUAUUAUUGGCUGUGUGCUGUCCCCAGUUUCCUAUCCCUACACCUUGGACCGUAUCCACUCCUUGCUAAUUUUAAAAUUACCAGGCUGGAAAAUGUGGCCAUUAUAAGUUCUGAUUUGUCUUUGUCUUUGAAAACUUCAAUUCUGAUCCCACCUUCUGGCCCUAAAUUGUUUCCUAUUCAUAUCAGUUUCGAUCCAGGACUGGAGAGGCCACAUUUUCAAGUAGACAGGGUCUAAAACACUGCUUAGCAGUCAUGAAUUUGCCGGUUUUAUUCAAUGGUGCUAAUUCUGCCCUCUGGCCUCUCCCUUGUCCCUUUGUACCUUCGACCCUGACUUCUGACAAUCCUCAUUCCCCACUAAACGUCGUAGAGGAGAGUGGAAUGAGAGGCCUCGGCUGGUCCCCCUGUAGAGCAUCGCGGCUUGGUGGGUGGAAUGUGAGUCCAUCUGAAGUGGGGUGGAUAGGGUUGGUGUUCGCCAGAACUCUGUUUAUCUGGCAGAGGGCAUGAGGACAGCAUCAGCACAGGUAGAAAGGUGUACCAUCCUGGAGACAAUUUCACCUUAGCCAUUUUGGGGUUUUUAAGAGCCGUUUUCUCUUACCCCGAACUGUGGCUCUCAUUGUGGCAUUUACAAAUGGUCGUUCUUCCACCCCUCUUUCCCAUCCAGCAAUUGUUUUAUUUUCUUUCCUUAGUUGUUUGGAAUAGCCUACACAUCUGUUUUUCUUUCUUUAUUUCCUAGGGUUCUCCAGAAAGACAAAGUAAUCUUUUGUCACUCUUGAGUGUCAUCAGAUCCUUAGACACAAUGGGAAUGUCUUUCUCGCCUCUCAUAGCUGAAUUAAACCCCAGGGUGUUAGUGGUAGACAGAGGAGAGAAGGAGAAGGGAGCUGGCAGAGAGAUGAGUGAGGGGCAUUUCAGUUAUUUAACUAUCUAGGCAAUGCUUGUCUAGGAAUCCAGUUGAUUUGAAUGCAAGCUUUUGUAAUUAGGCUUUGGGGGGUAAAGGCAAGAGGCAAAGGGGUGCAAAUAGUAUCGAGGCAAGAGUUCCAUGAAGGUCAAGGGGACUCCCAGAAAAAAAUGGGGGGUAACUUAUUUCCUUGAAUAGGAAGUGGCCAUGAUGUAUUGCUACAACGUACUCAAUGUAUCUUUAACAUUGGAUAUUAGAGGAAGAGGAACAAUUUCACUUCUGUUUGCAUUUCAUGCCAUUUUCACUUUUUAGGAGCUGCGGGACAGAAAGGGUGGAAUGGACAAGGCACUCCGUGAUUUCUCCUUGGGGCUUUUCGUUCCUAUUCUUUUAUUUUCCCCUGGUUUCUAGGAAAUUUGGCUUUCUGUUUUCUUUUCUCCCUUCAUCCACCACUUUACUUUCUUUGGAAGGAUUAUAUGUGAGAGUUUGUUGAAGAAGUCCAGUGGCUUUGAAGUCAGGGCAACAAGGGACAGCUAGCUAAAGAGCACUUUAUUUCUUUGAAGCCUUUGCCGGAAAGCAAUGGGGUGGAUGACUUGAAUCCCCUAUUACCUUGAGGGCAGUUAGUACAACUGAAGUCGGACAUAACAUUUCCCAGUGGGGAAAGGAGGAUUUCUCUUAGAGGGUGGCAAAAUGCCUUUGUACAUGUUUCUAUUGUAGGCAUCUCUUCCUUAUUCCUCCUACACAUAACUUCAGUCAUUUCUUCUCAAGACUUCCCUCUUUACAGAUUAUCACUCCUCGUUUCUAAACUUCUCUCCUGCUCAGAUCCAUUCAACAUUGGCUAGGUAGACUAAAUGAUACAUGCGAUAUCCUUUGUUUAUCAUGCACCAGUGUCUUCUGAAAACUAGUAUCAUUGAGAAGCCUGGUGGGCAGCCAGAAUUAAUUGAAGUUUGGGGCUGGAUCUGGAGAUGGGUCAUCAGGCCUCUUGGGAUUCCUGUUCCCCUCUGCUAAGCACAGCCUUGCUCAAUGGCGUAGGACAAACCUGGCUCUUCUUGGGCUUCAGCCCCCCCGCCCAAGUGGGAAGAAUACUACUUUUUCUUGUUGGUCCGGCGUUGCUGGGCUUGAAGUAUAGUCAUUGUUGUUGUAUUGGGUGAUGUGUACAAAAUUGCAGGAGCUCACUGCCUUCAGGAGGAAACAAGGGAGAAAGUGUAGGAGAGGGAAAGAAGGAGCAGUCCUGUGGUGUAGAUCCACCCUCCCUGUCUUCCUCAACCCUCAUGUUUCUGGUUUGGUGAGUUCUUCAUACCACCCAUAAUGCUUUGCAUUGGUGCAGGCUGGGAAGGGGGUGUAUGGUCUCACAAGUUGUUGUUUUUUUGCAUGCUUUCUUAAUAAAAAAAAAAAAGCUUAUGAUUUU